AUGUCUUCAAGGCUCAUGAACACAGAGCCCGGUGGCGAGCAAACUCAAUACGAAGGGGUACAUACAUUUGUCGAACCACAUGCAAAGCAGGCUGGUCAGUUAGGCAAUCCCAGCGAAGGCACAGCCGAGACUACCGAUAAGAAGGCGACUGACGAGCCAAACACACAAGGUGUGACAAGGGCCGACAAGAUUCGCUACGGACAAAGCAUACAAGAAGGUGGUAUGGGAGGCAAGACGACGAGUUCGACCGGAGAGGCGGUCCAGGCAGGGGGAUACCGUGGUACAAAGGCAGUUGAUGAGCAGGAUGAUAGCGCCGCGGUGCAGAGGAGACAACAAGGAUAUGGUGGUAGGGAGGAUAUGGAUAGAAAUGUUGGUGCUUGA